CACACACACUCAACUUUACCGAUAUUCCACAAACAAUAAUUUCGUACAAUGCACCGUCUUCUUUCCAACCCUUCCGCCAACCUAGGUCAGGCCUGCUGCGGGAGCCAGAUCACCUUACAGAAUGACCUUCCUCCCACCGGCACCUUCACCGUCACUUCGGAUCACGUAGGUGAAGUGACCGGCACAAUACCCACAAACUUCCCUCCCGGCCGAGUCACGGAUCUCAGGGCUUCUCUCAUUUCAAGUCAGGUCACUUUGACCUUCACGGCCCCAGGGGAUGAGCUCGAUCAGGGCACAGCCGCAAGAUACGACGUAAACUUUAAGAGGGGCGACAAUAACAACAUCACAACCUACUCAUCAAACGAGACACAGGAGGCCGGAUCCCCUGUCACCAUCAACUCACAGUUGCCGGACUGUGAUGUCCUCUUCUACAUAACAGUAUCGGCUACAGGUACACAGUCGGGGCAAGGCAAGGAGUCCAAUGAAGUGAGGGCCAUUGUGUCCUGCUCCGCCACAGAGCCUCCGCCCACAGACCCCUCAAAUACUUCACCUCUGGGUGCAGGAGCCAUCGUCGGGAUCGUCAUCGGCGUUAUUUUGUUCCUGGUGAUCCUCGCCGUUGUGAUAUACUUGGUCAUAAAUCGUGACAACCUGGAUGACCUGUGGUUGUGGCAGAUGAUCACCUGUCGGUGUCUCAGAAAACCGAAAAAUGAAAAUCUUUACAACCCUCCGGCGCCUCGCUCGACCAGGUCGGGGAACGACGUCAUUCGCAACAAUAAAUCCAGCAGUUCGGGUCCAGUUCGCAACCUGGACGACCUCUACACUAAACCAGACUUGACAGCCAAAAGGAAAAAGAAAGCAGACGAGGACGACGGUGAUGGCGGCUUCGGUGAACGCAGGAUGCGAACGAACAACACGAUGGCCAUGAACAACCUGGGUGAUUCGGCCAGCACAGCCUCCACCCCUCAGCCGUACAUGCGGCAGUCCAACGCGUCCAUCAACCAAGUAGGCCUACCACCCUAUAGCGGUGAGCCUAAUUACGGCCAAGUGCAAAACCAUGGCGGCAGUCGGAACCAGUAUGGCGACUCGCAGUGGGACCAGCAGUAUUACGACCAGUAUGGCUACGGUUCUCAGAAUGAUGGCUAUAGUAAUGCAGGCUAUUCUACAGAUUAUUAUGACAAUGUGAGGGCCCCUGUGCCGCCAAGGAAUACGAAAUCAAAUACCCAAGUUUAGAGCCUUGAUAUUUUACAAAUAUGUUCAUUACAAUGCGCAAGAAAGAUGCUGAGUGACGUAAAAUGUGCAAUACAAGAAUAAACAUGGAAACAUUGCUAGUAAAAAUAGAAAUAUUGCUAGCAGGAUAAAUGAGCACAUUUUUUUUUCAUUUAAGAGAUUAAGAGUUAAAACGGACAGAUAAUUUCUUUUAAUCUAAUAAUAAUGAUAUACAAUAAUUUUUCGCAUUGUUGAGAAGAACUUGUUCUGUAAUGAUAAGCAGAUGUAUCUUGUUGCAUGCAAUAUCCUUGGUAAACUUGAUUAUAUGUUUUCGUUAAAAAUCCCAUAAAUGAUUAUAUAUAUAUCAUGAAGAAUAUUAGAUUUAAAAGAAAUUUUUACCAAAAAAAAUAUUGCUGAUCAGAUGGAAUAUGAAAUGGAUUAUGUAUGCCAUAGAGACAGUAAAAUUGUGUGAAGAAUAAAGGCAUCGAAUGCCAAUCACGACGUAAUGGGAAGGAAUGUGGACAUAUAUAUGUAUAUAUAUGUGUGUGUGUGUGCGCGCGCGCGCGCGCGCGCGCGCGUGUGUGUGUGUGUGUGUGUGUGUGUGUGUGUGUGUGUGUGUGUGUAAUAUGUAUAUGUAUAUGUAUAUGUAUGUGUGUGUGUGUGUGUGUGUGCUUGUUUAUAUGCAUGAAUGUAUGUAUUUAUGCAUGUAUGUAUGUGUGUGUAUUUGUAUGUAUGCAUGUACAUACGUAGGUAUGUAUGAUUGUAUGUAAGCAUGCAUGCUUGCAUGUACGUAGGGAUGUAUGUAUGUAUGUCUAUACAUACACAGUUGUGUAUAAUGUUAUGAUGAUAUUAUUUUGAUGUUUAUUGUUGACAUAUGUUUUUCUUCAUAUUUCACAAAUGUAGAACAAACAUUGCAAUCAUUUAUGAAAAAAACAGGAAGUUUUGUUGCACAAUAUUAUCACCAAAAAUUAAUCGUGUUAAUGUCUUGCCACAUGCUUUAAUACAGUGUGAUCACUGUGUUUGGACACUAAAUUAUUCCAUUUUCUUCAUACAGUGAGAGCAAUAAGUUGUUCCUUUAGUGAGUAGAGAGAGAAAAAAAAACUAGAUUGUUUCAUAUUUUUAAUGCGGCAAGAACAUGAAAGUCCUUUUUUUGUAGCGUCUCCAAAACCCCAAACACUUUGAUACUUGUUUGGCCUUUACGCGAACAUUAUUGGAACCUUUUUCGGUUGGUAUCGUUUUAUAUUCCUCUACGUUCUUAUAAUGUGAUACACUCCGGCCAGGUUUCAUAUAUAUUUUCACGUAUUCUCGGAUUAGGAUUUAUCGAAUUGUAUGUUUCUCGAUAAAUAAUUCUAUCAUAUAGAUGCAGAAAAUGUACAUCAACUACAUGUUCAUUCUAUAUGGGUAAAAAUGGACGGUCGCUGGCAAGCAUUUCCGAAUCGCAUAACUUGGUAUGGACUUCAGUGGGAUGAAAGUCUUCAAAAUCAUUCUGUACCUCUAAGAUGUAACGCUACAGGCUGAAAAUUAUCAAAGAAAAGGCUGUGUAUCUUGAUUUGCUGAUAAUUUACAGGCACAGAGAUAAGUAAGUGCCUGUGGUUAUUGGUAUCAUCCAAUUAUCUGAGUUUCAGCUUCAUGUGAACAUGGAAUUCACUCGAAGUGGAUACGAUAAAAUGCAAAACCUCGAGCAUCAUUCUUCCACUUUCCAUAUCAAGAACAAUGGAUAAGAAACGUGAAAAAUGUUUUAUGUGAAUCCGAGAAAUACAUUUGAAAGUUUCCACAACCUUGCGAAACGAAAGGUGGUGUGUAGAAAAAAUAAGUUCGAAGCUCCCAUAGUGUGUUGCUUGUAAUCAAAAAGCAUCUUAACCAAUUUAAUAUUUUUCACCACUUUUAUUAUGAGAAUUUAGGAAAAAAUAUUUUUUCCUUUUUUUUUCAAAACUACAUGUCAGUACAAAAUUCGCGGAUAUCGUGUCUUGCAGCGACCACAAGGUAACAUCAAACAAUGUGUUACAGAGUUAGGAGUUUCAGGAUGCCACAAAAAGGCCUAGAGUCAUUUAAUACACUGUGUUGUACCACAUGGUCUUAACACAAAGAAGACAAGAUAUGGUUCAGUGCCAAGGAAGAAGUCAAGGCGGCUGAGUUAUGAUUUAACUGACCUUCCAUUUUUUUUCUAUAUCAAUAAAUAAACGUACAAAUAAAAAAAA